AUGGACUCGGGGAGCGGGGACGACGGGCGCGGCGAGGAGCCGGGGAGCCUCCGGGUGGACGUGACGGUGUCGGAGCUCAUGGAGCUCUUCCUGCAGAGCCCGCUGGUGACCUGGGUGAAAACUUUGGGCCCGUUUGGAAGCAGCAGCCAUGACAACCUGACUCUGUACAUGGACUUAGCCGACGGCAUCUUUUUGAACCAAAUCAUGUUACAAAUAGACCCCCGGCCUACGAAUCAGCGCAUCAACCAGCACGUGAACAACGACGUGAACCUCCGCAUCCAGAACCUGACUGUCUUGGUGAGAAACAUCAAGACCUACUACCAGGAGGUUCUGCAGCAGCUGAUCGUCAUGAACUUGCCCAAUGUUUUGAUGAUUGGCAAAGACCCGCUGUCUGGGAAGAGUAUGGAGGAAAUCAAGAAGGUGCUGUUGCUGGUGCUGGGCUGUGCCGUCCAGUGCGAAAGGAAAGAGGAGUUCAUCGACAGAAUCAAACAGCUGGACAUCGAGACCCAGGCCGGGAUCGUGGCCCAUAUCCAGGAGGUGACCCACAACCAGGAGAACGUGUUUGACCUGCAGUGGCUGGAGGUUCCAGACGUGGCCCCAGAGGAGCUGGAGGCCCUCUCGAGGAACAUGGUGUUUCACCUCCGGAGGCUCAUAGAUGAUCGCGAUGAGUGCAGGGAGCUGAUCGUGGACCUGACUCAGGAGCGGGACUACCUGCAGGCGCAGCAGCCGCCCAGCCCGCUCCAGUCCUCCAGCGCCGAGUCCACGCCCAGCCCCACCAGCAGCCUCUCCAGCGAGGACAAGCAGCACCUGGCCGUGGAGCUGGCCGACACCAAGGCCCGGCUGCGCCGCGUCCGGCAGGAGCUGGAGGAGAAGACAGAGCAGCUGGCGGACACCAGGCAUGAGGUGGAUCAGCUGGUGCUGGAGCUGCAGAAAGUCAAGCAGGAGAACAUCCAGCUGGCCGCCAGCGCCCGGUCUGCUCGCGCCUACCUCGACGAGCUGGACUCCCUGCGGGAGAAGGGGAGCCGCGUGGAGAGGCUGGAGAUGGAGCUGGUGCGCUUCAGGGAGAAGCUGAAGGACGCGGACUUCUACAAGGCCCGCAUGGAGGAGCUGAGAGAAGACAACUUCACGUUGAUUGAUACCAAGUCCAUCCUGGAGGAACAGCUGACGGCGGCUCGGGCCCGGGUCGAUAAGCUGUACGAGCUGGAGAAGGAGAACCUGCAGCUCAAGUCAAAGCUGCACGACCUGGAAUUGGACCGGGACACAGACAAGAAGCGCAUUGAGGAGCUGCUGGAAGAGAACAUGGUCCUCGAGAUUGCACAGAAGCAGAGCAUGAACGAGUCCGCCCACUUGGGCUGGGAGCUGGAGCAGCUCUCCAAGAGCGCAGACCUGUCAGACGCUUCCAGGAAGUCGUUUGUGUUUGAGCUGAACGAGUGCGCCUCCAGCCGCAUCCUGAAGCUGGAGAAGGAGAACCAGAGCCUCCAAAGCACCAUCCAGGGGCUGCGGGACGCCUCCCUGGCCUUGGAGGAGAGCAGCCUCAAGUGUGGGGAGCUGGAGAAGGAGAACCAGCAGCUCAGCACAAAGAUUGAAAAAUUGCAGCUCCAGCUGCAGAAGGAAAAGCAGAGCAACCAGGAUUUGGAGACCCUCAGUGAGGAGCUCAUCAAAGAGAAUGAACAGCUGCACAGUGACAUGGAGACCCUGAAGGCUGACAAAGCCAGGCAGAUCAAGGAUCUUGAGCAAGAAAAGGAUCAUCUCAACCAAACAGUGCAGUCACUGCGGGAGAGGUCAGAGGUCAGCAGCGAGGUCCGCGUGAAGGACAUCGAGAAGGAGAACGAAGCCCUCCACCAGACGGUGACGGAGACCAGCAGCAAGCUCAGCAAGCUGGAGUCAGAGCGGCAGCAGCUGCACCGGGACCUGGAGCAGGUGAAGGAGAAGGCGGCGCGGGCGGAGGGGCUGGAGAAGGAGAUGCACCGGCUGGAGAAGGAGAACGAGAAGCUGGCCCGGGAGGUGACCUCGCUGACGACGGCCACCGAGAAGAUGGACACCCUGGAGCGCGAGAGCCAGGGCCUGUCGCUGGAGAACCGGAGGCUGCAGAAGUCCCUGGACACUCUGCAGAACGUGUCGGUGCAGCUCGCAGGCCUGGAGCGGGACAACAAGCAGCUGGACGAGGAGAACCUGGAGCUGCGCAGGAUGGUGGAGGCCAUGCGCUUCACGGGCGCCAAGAUGGCUCAGAUCGAGAGGGAGAACCAGGAGCUGGAGCGGGAGAAGGAGGAGCUGAGGAAGAACGUGGAGCUGCUGAGCACCCUGAGCAAGAAGUCGGAGCGCCUGGAGCUGAGCUACCAGAGCGUGAGUGCCGAGAACCUGCGGCUGCAGCAGGCCCUGGAGCGGGAGCGCGGGGAGCUGGAGGCACGGAACCAGGCCCUGCAGCGGGACCUGGAGGCCCUGCAGCGGGACCUGGAGGCCCAGCGACUGGCCAGCAAGCAGCUGGAGAGGUCCGAGAAGGACAAGGAGGCCCUGGAGCAGGAGGUGGCCCAGCUGGAGAAAGACAAGAAGCUGCUGGAGAAGGAGGUGAGUCGGCUGUGGCAGCAAGUGGAGUUCAAGGACACGGUCUUGGAUGACAUCACCACCAAGCUGUCAGCCGCUGAGAAGGAGAGCCGCACCCUGGACAAGGAGCUGGCACGCUGCAGGGACGCGGCCACCAAGCUGAAGGAGCUGGAGAAGGACAACAGAGACCUUACCAAGCAAGUCACCAUGCACACCAGGACGCUGACCACCCUGGGAGAGGAACUGGUGCUGGAGAAGCUGAAGAGUCAGCGGCUGACCAGCGAGCUGGACAAACUGGGCCAGGAGCUGGAGAAGGUCGGCCUCUGCAAGGAGCUGCUGCUGCAGGACGACAACUGCGACAGCGACCGAAAAUACAAGAUCUUGGAGGGCAGGAAUGAAUCGGCAUUAAAGACGACGCUGGCUAUGAAAGAAGAAAAGAUCGUGUUCCUGGAAGCUCAGGUGGAAGAGAAGGCCAGCCUGACCCGCGAGCUGCAGAAGGAGCUCCAGGCGCUGAAGGAGGGCGAGCUCCUCAGGGAGGGGAAGCACCUACAGAACUCGCUGGGACACCCUGCGGGGACCUCGGUGGCCGGCCACCAGGAGGAGGAGGGCUGGGGGCCCAGCCACAAGGAGGCCACCAUGGAGCUGCUCCGGGUGAAGGACCGGGCCAUCGAGCUGGAGCGGAACAACGCGGCUCUGCAGGCCGAGAAGCAGCUGCUCAGGGACCAGCUGCAGCACCUGGAGACCCAGAACGUGGCCUUCAGCAGCCAGAUCCUGACGCUGCAGAAGCAGAGCGCCUUCCUGCAGGAGCACACCGCCACGCUGCAGACCCAGACCGCCAAGCUGCAGGUGGAAAACUCCACUCUGAGCUCCCAGAGUGCCUCGCUCACUGCGCAGUACACACUGCUGCAGAACCAGCAGGCAGCCAAGGAGAGCGAGCACGAGAGCCUGCAGAAGCAGCAGGAGCAGCUGGCGGCCGCCCACGAGGCCCUGCUGCAGGACCACGCACGCCUGGGCGCGCUGCACGAGCACCUGUCCGUGGAGCAUGAGGCCCUCCUCGGCCAGCACAGCCGCCUGAAGACCCUGCACCGGUCCCUGGAGCUGGAGCACAGGACGCUCGGGGAGAGGCACGAGGACCUGCUGAAGCACAAGGCGGAGCUGGAGGAGCUGGAGAAGGUAUUGACCACCGAGCGGGAGGCCCUGCAGCAGGAGCAGAAGACCAACGCCAUUGCCACCAGCGAGAACCAGAGGCUGCGGGGAGAGCUAGACAGGGUCAGCUUCCUGCACCAGCAGCUGAAGGGGGAGUACGAGGAGCUGCACGCCCACACCAAGGAGCUGAAAACCUUGCUGAACAACUCGCAGCUGGAGGUGAACCGCUGGCAGGCCCGGUACGAUGAGCUGAAAGAGGAGCACCAGAGCAUGGACCUCUCACUGACCAAGCUGGACCACCACUGUGAGCUGCUCUCCCGUCUCAAGGGGAACUUGGAGGAAGAAAAUCAUCACCUUGUGAGCCAGAUCCAGAUGUUGAAUGAGCAGAACCAGAGGCUGCUAGAGCAGAACAUGGAGAACAAGGACCAGUACCACGAGGAGCAGAAGCAGUACAUAGACAAACUAAAUGCCUUGCAGAGACAAAAGGAAAAACUGGAAGAAAAAAUCAUGGAUCAGUACAAGUUCUAUGAUCCCGCUCCAAAGAAGAAAAACCACUGGAUUGGAGCCAAAGCCUUAGUCAGAUUAAUGAAACCAAAGAAAGAGGGACCCAGAGAACGACCGAAGUCAACCACAGACAGCCCUCCCUGGCCGCUGGAGUCCUCAGACCCGGCCUCGCCCAGUGCUGCUCAGCCUCCAAAACCCCAGCCGGAGCCCGCGGAGGCCACAUCAUCGUGCUCGACAUGGGCGGAAGAGCGAGUCCCCCACAGAGCGCCUGUGGGGAAAGGGGAUAACAAUUUAGCAACUCGGUGCAAAAAGAGUCCCUUUUUGAGAAGCAAAAGCAAGGACAAAGACAAGUCUCCAACAGCCCACCCGGCUUUCUCUAAACGCCUGCGGUUCUGGUCUUCCUCUGACAUCCCACCUGCCUCUAACUACCCUCUCCCUUUCUCAGAAAUUGGAGAUUUCUAA